AUGUCUAGCAACCCCCACGAUUACGUCGACCCUCAUCGUCAGGGCCAAUAUCCUCCUCCACCCCAGUGGUCCCAACCAGAAGACCAUCCGUCUGCUGCUACUGCUGCGGCUCACUAUUCCCCAGCUUCGCAGUAUCCUUACCCCACGGCUUCAUAUCCUCCUCCCACCGCAGACCACCAAUAUCCUCCACCUCCGCCUGGCCAGUAUCCUCCGCCGACCAGUAUGGCUGCCACUUAUCCGCAUAUCCCGGGUCCUCCCCAGGACCCAUAUCGUUUGCCUCCUCCCCCGGGUACCUACCGUCCCGAUAUCUACGCUCAGCAACCCCCUCCGCCUCCCCCCCAAGUCGUCUACCAAGCUGCUGCCCCUCGUCAGCGUACAGCUAUCGCCUGUCGCUACUGCCGGAGACGGAAGAUUCGUUGCUCUGGGUUUGAGAGUUCGCAAGAUGGCCGCUGCAGCAACUGUAUCCGCUUCAACCAGGAGUGCAUGUUCACACCCGUUUCUUCCCAGGCGCAAGCCUUCGUUCCGGCCCAUGCCGCCUACCCUCACCUGCGAAAUGCGCAGAGCCAGGGCCGUCCUGGUGGUGUGAUGCUCUACGGUGCUCAUGGUCAACCCCUACCACCGCAACAACAGCCGGGUCCUGAUCUCCCACCGCCACAGGGAAUGUAUCAUCAACCUUAUGCUGCAGCUCCGCCGCCCCUUGCGUCGUCCAUGCCCCCAGACCAGCGACCGGGUGGUCGACGUGGCUCUGCAUCGGGCUUCGAAUAUCCGGAUCCUACCAACCUGGCCCCUGUCACUCCGGCGACCUCCACCCCUGGAUAUCAGACGCACACGGCCCCGAGUCCCUACUAUCCGCCACCACCACCGCAUGACCGACGCCCCUCACCGCAGUCCGCAUAUCCCUACGAUAGCCGCCACUCCUCCUCGCCGCACACCUCCCCUUACCCGCCAAUGGCCCCUCAGGGCGCUAUGACGCCUCCACCUACUUCCACGCCAACCUCGUCGCGGGGUGGUGGCCUGAACGUUCGUGAUAUGCUUAAUCCCAAUGACAACCCCGGCCGGUCCAGCACGGACAGCGACAUGCUCAAUGCUCUCAACCGCCGUGGCUUAAGCCAAUAG